CACAAACGUCACAACCCGGCCCAAGAAAUAGGGCACACGCGUUUAUAUUUCCAUAUACAUAUAUUUAGAAGCCCAGUUUAAUUUCUUCAUAUCCCCCGAAUUACAAUUUCGGAGCUGAGCAUUUUCUGUUGAAUCGCCGCCAUGGGUAGAAGGCCUGCUAGAUGUUACCGUCAGAUUAAGAACAAGCCGUACCCUAAAUCGAGAUUUUGUCGUGGUGUCCCUGAUCCUAAAAUCAGGAUUUAUGAUGUGGGUAUGAAGAGGAAGGGUGUGGAUGAAUUCCCCUUCUGUGUGCACCUUGUCAGUUGGGAGAAGGAAAAUGUGUCAAGUGAGGCAUUGGAAGCUGCGCGUAUUGCUUGUAACAAGUACAUGACUAAGUUUGCUGGGAAGGAUGCUUUCCACCUAAGGGUUAGGGUACACCCGUUCCAUGUGCUUCGUAUCAACAAGAUGCUUUCAUGUGCUGGGGCUGAUAGGCUCCAAACAGGUAUGAGGGGUGCUUUUGGCAAACCUCAAGGUGUCUGUGCUCGUGUUGCUAUUGGUCAAGUCCUAUUGUCUGUUCGUUGCAAGGAUGGUAACAGCCACCAUGCUCAGGAGGCUCUUCGUCGUGCUAAGUUCAAGUUUCCUGGUCGUCAAAAGAUCAUUGUCAGCAGGAAGUGGGGCUUUACCAAGCACAACCGUGCUGAUUAUUUGAAGUACAAAUCUGAGAACAGGAUUCUAAAUGAUGGUGUCAACGCAAAGCUUCUUGGUUGCCAUGGACCUCUAUCUAAUCGCAAGGCUGGGCAGGCUUUCCUUACAAGUGCUACUGCUAUUGCACAAGAGAAACUUCUAGCUAAACUUCAAGCUUAGAAUUUUUCUUUUAUGAUCAGUCAAAACCAGAGUUUUGGUUUUAGUUUAAUGUUGAUGUUAUUUUCUGAGAUUAUUGUCGUCAUAUAACUAGUUUGUAAGAUGAGUUGUGCAUCAAUGAAUUUGUUCUGCA